CCCCGACCCGCUCGCUUCUAACAUACGCGCCGCGUAAGCGCACCUACGCUUCAUGGCGCCUGCAAAUCAACCAGAGCAAGAGAGCUUACUCCCCAACAGAAGCCUCGAAAGCGAAGGAGAAGACAAUGAAGAAACGGCCUACAGUUCAAGCGAGAAGAUCUUGAUCGUCGGAAUCGACGAGGACGGUGGAGAUUCGUCUGUAGUCCCACCCUUCUCAUGGAGAAAGCUCUGGCUAUUUACCGGCCCCGGAUUCCUCAUGAGCAUUGCGUUCCUCGAUCCUGGAAAUCUGGAAGGCGAUCUCCAGGCCGGCGCGAUCGCCGGCUACACGUUGCUGUGGCUCUUGAUGUGGUCCACGAUCGCCGGGCUCAUGAUCCAGAUCCUCUCGGCCCGGCUCGGCGUCGCGACGGGUCGGCACUUGGCGGAGCUUUGUCGGGAGGAGUAUCCGGCGUGGGCCCGGUACGUGCUCUGGAUUAUGGCUGAGCUGGCACUGAUCGGGGCCGAUAUCCAGGAAGUGAUCGGGAGCGCGAUCGCGAUCAAGAUCCUGAGCAAUGGAGCGCUGCCGCUGUGGGCCGGCGUCGUCAUAACGGCCUUGGAUUGUUUCAUCUUCCUAUUUCUUGAGAACUAUGGUGUGAGGAAAUUGGAAGCUGUUUUUGCAGUUCUAAUUGCAAUAAUGGCAGUCUCAUUCGCAUGGAUGUUUGGUGAAGCCAAACCCAGUGGCAAGGAACUUCUAAUAGGUGUUUUAGUUCCAAAACUCAGCUCUAGAACCAUACGGCAAGCGGUUGGUGUUGUGGGUUGCAUUAUUAUGCCGCACAACGUUUUCUUGCAUUCUGCUCUCGUGCAGUCAAGAAAGAUAGAUACUAAUAAAAAAGGCCGGGUACAAGAGGCCCUCAAUUACUAUUCGAUUGAGUCCGCCAUUGCCCUCCUCAUCUCUUUCAUGAUCAAUAUGUUUGUAACGACUGUUUUCGCGAAAGGCUUUUAUGGUACAGAGGUAGCUGAUAGCUUAGGGCUUGGAAAUGCCGGGCAGUACCUUGAAGAGAAGUAUGGGGGAGGUCUCUUCCCAAUUCUUUAUAUUUGGGGAAUUGGGUUGUUAGCAGCUGGGCAGAGUAGUACAAUUACCGGGACAUACGCGGGGCAAUUUAUCAUGGGUGGUUUUCUCAAUCUCCGGUUGAAGAAAUGGAUAAGGGCAUUAAUUACAAGAAGUUUUGCAAUCGUGCCGACUAUAAUUGUAGCACUUGUUUUCGACACUUCAGAUGCUGCACUGGAUGUAUUGAAUGAGUGGCUUAAUGUGCUUCAAUCGGUUCAGAUCCCAUUUGCGCUUAUUCCGCUCCUUUGUUUGGUCUCCAAGGAGCAAGUUGUUGGCGUUUUUAAGAUUGGAACUGCACUCAAAACGGUGUCGUGGAUUGUGACUGUGCUGUUGAUAGCGAUCAAUGGCUAUCUUUUGGUGGACUUCUUCUCUUCUGAAGUAAGUGGCCCAUGGUUUGGUUCGGUUGUAUGUGUGGCCACAGCAGCAUAUGUAGUGUUUAUCAUAUAUCUCAUUUCACGAGGGAGUGUUCUUUCCACUUGGCUUGGCCGAGCACUACCAAAGAAGAUCACCAACUGCAGAAACUGAACAGUCGUAUUCUUCAUCUAACUCCCUUGUUUGCUCCAAACGAUUGGGAUCAUGUUGUAACAUCAGGAUGUCAAACGAUGAGUGGGUGAAGCAAUUGCUGUCCUACAGUCUGAUUAUUUCAGCUACACAUCUCUCUUGCUCUCCUGCAGUUGGGUUAUAUAAGGCUUGGCUUACCCCUGAGCCCCAUCUCAAGAGGGGGAAUUGUUGUUGUAUGGUUGGACUUGAUGUUCUCUCUUCCUUGCAAAGGAUCGAUCUUGUGAUCACAUGGCUGUGAACUGAAGACACUUGUGACUGCCUUUUAUGUAAAAGAUUGUAAUUUGGAAGGCAGUGUUUGGGCGUCCCUGUAUGUUAUGCCAAAAGUAUGUCUGAUGGUCAUACGACAUACAGCGAUCAUCAUGGAUCCCCUUAGAUGAAGGUAGUGAUGUAUUGCACUGACUGUGGAACUGUUGGGGCCAUGAUUCUCAGUUGUCAAGUAAGUUAUAACAUUGUUUAUGUUCAGCUUUCUUCUUAGUUUAAAAUGCCAAUUGAUGAUGAGCAUUUGCAUC